AUGCGACUGGCCCUGAUGUUGUGUUCUCUAGCAUCAAAACCACGGCAUCCGGGGUAUCUCGUCCGUGAUUUGACGAGCUCACCAGCAACCAUCUUAGGGAACCCUGCCCCUUCCAGCAAGAGCGGCACAUAUGGAAAGUUUGUGGUAUGCAGCAGCCAGACGGACGAAGUGUCAGGCCUCAUUUCACCAAAUCACCCGCACAGCCCAAUGAGCAGCCAGCUUCGCCCGGAGGAGGCACGGAUCCUAAGCCCCGUCACUGUCCAACACAGACCUCCACGGACCAGAGAGAUGUCCCAUCUUCGACGCUCCUGUGUCCCCUAUUUCCCCUCGACGUCCGUAAAUGAAGGUGAAGAUGCAAAAUACACCGAGAAAGAAGCAAAAGAAGUUGAGAUGCACCGGCAGAAAAGCAAAGGCGGUGUUCCCUUUCUGAAACACAGCCCGCUAGGGGGUGACGACAGGCAUCCAUGCUCUGCCACGCCUUUGAAUUGCGCCCGGUCUGCGGUCUAUGGUCUGCGGGGAGGCUUCCUGCAUUGGCUGAUUCGUGGAAUGGCUGGACGCCUGGACGCCGAGAGCAAUGACUUUGAUGCACAAAUUACUGAUUACAAAAGUACUGAGGACGAGGAGGCCGUCCUCGCCAGAUAUGAUUGGAGAGGCCCGCAGAACCUGCAUGCCUCGUACAGUUUCGUCCUGCCUGAAGGAUCAGACUUUGAAGAUGAAACUCGUGUGGGACAAGAUCCUACGCAUGGCAAAACAAAAUCCAAAAGUGAGGAAUACUUUGGAAAUCCUGCAGACUCGACUCAGCAGCAGCAUGGGAGGGUCCAUGACUAUGGGACUUGUCUCGUCCUCUUGGUGCCAAAUAGCCGUCCAUACAGGCAAAACCCCCUUUUAGCCAGAUAA